AUGGCAGACUUUGGGUUCUGGAACUCUUCAUACAAAGGGACAUCACAAGUCGAGUCAGAGACCACUUUCCUAGUCAUCAUUUCCAUAAUUUUGGCCAUACUGGCGAUCUUUAUUAACGGAUGUCUUAUACUAGUGAUAUGGAAAUCCAAAUUACUCCAGACCUGUACAAAUAUGUUUAUUCUCUCCUUGCUAGUUUCUGAAUUGUUGGUUGGAGGCAUCGGGACAUUUGUUGCAGGUCUGUUUAGACUCCAUCAAGAACUAGGGAAGGAUAUCAUCACAUGUGAAGCCAUCGGCUUUUUCCAGACCUUAGGACGUUCUGCGUCUACGUUUAGCUUGAUGCUAGUAUGUAUUGACAGAGUCGUAGCCGUAAAGAAGCCACUGCGUUACAUGUAUCUAAUGUCUCCACGAUCAACAACAGUGUUAAUUGUAUAUGCAUGGAUCCAUGGACUAAUCUUGGCUCUCUUUCCCUGUUUUGGAUUCGCCAGUUGUCUGCUAAAUCCAAUAUUUAUUGCUCUGUCCAAUAAACGAUUUAAGACUCGGUGUAAACAGGUCGUCAUGUGCCGUAAAAAUAGAUUACAUAAUGAUAGUGAUGCCUUUAACGUUUCGACCGGGCUUCAUAGUGCAAUAGAAGCUACAAUGGUGGCCGGGUUUCUCCCACAAAAGGGUGAUCGGAUGUUAAUCAAGCAUAUAAGCGAGAGACGAUCGCGACUGGAAAAUGCUGCCUUACUGUUGAGAUUAUCCACCGUGUCGAAUCCAGUGACCCUGAGAACUAUUAGAAACUCCUUUGAUCAGGCGGCUGGUCAAAGUGUGGCAUGA